UUCGCGAGUUCUGGCGCUUUGGGACGACUACGGGACGUCAUGGGUGACGCAAUCAAGUUCAUCAUACAAGAGCUGAACAAAGAACCGUUCAAUAAAAAGUUGAACCUCAUCAGCUACGAUUCUCUGAAGCCCCAGCAGCUCCUACAGCUUUUAAACGAUGUCUUCACAGAGCUGGAUCCCAAGAUGCAAGCAAAUGUCCGAAUCGAAGACCCCGAGCAGCUUACCAUUAGGACACUCAACUUCUUGCAAGUUCUCAAGUACAGGCCACCAGAAGGAACGCACAUGGCGCACUUCCGCCAGGGCAUCGUGUCGGGCGAUCGGACCAUCGUCACUCACAUCUUGGAAUGGCUUUUGAGGAGGAUCCCCGCCCUACGAAAGAGGGUUUACCUGGCCAGGUUCCUCGUCAAGGUGGAGCUUCACCCUGAAGUGGAAGGGGACAGCGACUUGGUAAACUUGUACAGCCAGUACGACAUGCUGAUCGAACAGUUCAAAGAAGUGCACAAGCAAAACGAAGCCCUCAAGACAAGCGGGUUCAACACUGCUGAGAUACGCAAAGAUAUCGUCCACAUGGAGGAAGAGAAGCAGCAACUGGAGAGGAAGAUUGAGAGGAUCAAACGAAAGGUGGACAACCAGAGCAACAAGGACGCCAUGCUGGAAAUGGCACGGAACCUGCGCGAAGAACAGGAGAGGUCCGCCACUUUGUCUCAACAUCGUAUCAAUCAGCAGAAUGGAAUAACGCAGAGCGAACAAAAGAUACAGCGACUGACACACCAGCUGAGAGACUUACGACAGUCUGGAAUUGGAGCCACACCAGAAGGCCUGCUGCAGAGACUGGAGGAGGAGGUGCGAGCUAAUAAGUACCUCGUCAGAGACAAACUUCCCAAGGAGAUUACCGCGUGUCAAAAUUCUAUCCGAGACAUGCAGCGAGUGGCCGCCGAGCCUGCAAUAGGACAGAACGACUUGGACAAGAUUAAAGCCAAGAUCUUAGCAGAAAACACGGAAAUCAACGCCCUGUAUGAGAGAAAAAUGAAGAGUCAGGAAGCUGCAGAUGACAGGCAAACCCUUUUUAGACAACAGGCAUCCAUGAUAGCACGGAAGAAAGAGUCGGCGGCCGAAAAGCUCAAUGAGCUCAGGAGUCAGUUGGCGCAGCUGCAGUCAGAAGUGCAAGAGAAAACGAAACAGUCAUCGGCUUUCGUCGGAGAGGAGGUUCUCAAAGGCGAUGAGUUCAAGAAGUACGUGAACUCACUACGUGGCAAGAGCAACGCAUACAAACAGCAGAGACAGGAACUAGCAGAACUGAGAGCAGAGACUGGGGUUCUCGCACGCACCGACGAGAUUCUGCAGCAGCGGGAGAAAGCUGUAUUCAACGAACUGGAAACCAUAGAAGAACAGAAGGGAAUUCGUGGCUUCCACACAGCCCAAGGAGCUCUGGAAGAAGCGUCCAUUCAAAAGGCUGGCUUGGAUGACCAGAAGAACCGGACUCUGGAAGAUAUGUCUGCUAUGGUACAAGGCCUUAAUGGCCGCAUUGCUGAGAAGAAAAGCCAACUAGCGCCCAUCAUAAAAGACUUAAGACCACUCCGACAAAAGUGCCAGGACAUGACUGUGGAGUACGAGGCAAAGAAAUCGACGUAUGAUUCAUGUGCGGCUGGUCUCGAAAGCAACGUCUCAAGGCUUGAGCAGGAAGUGGUCUCACUACGGAACGAAGUCACCAACUCAGAGUCCCAAUACCACGUGAUACAGCACAACUUGCAGUUGCUUCGCGCAAAGGAAAGACUACUCCAAAAUGAGACAACUCUCUACGCUUCCGCUGACCCCAAAGACAGGAAAAAUUCGCUCAGGGAACGACUGAACAAGAGCAUUUCUGAUCUGGAAAAGGAGGGCAAGGAACUACGAGAGAAGCAGAAAGAUGUGAAAAAUAACGAGAACAAAAUGCAGGCUCAGGUCACGAUGUGGAAUGACCUCCAGAAGCUGCUGGAAUGCAAGAUGGCCUGUUGGGAACAAAGAGAAGCAGCACAGCAGAGACAGCAAGCCUUCAGCGACAGACUUGUACUCUGAAACCAAGAGGUGGUUUCACUCCAAUCUACACUG